AUGCCAGUCCUCGGUCGCAUCUCCUCCAAUAAGGACCAGGGCACCGUUUACAGCCUCUCCCCUACUACCCGCAAGCCCCGCCUCGCUGGUGUCGGCAAAGCCCCCAAGCACAGCGGCGCUCGCCACAUCUCAGGCAAGCACAGCGGCGACGCUGUGUUCCGCGCCUUCCGCAAGGCCUCUAUCCGCAAAGACCGCCACGUUCCAGGCCCCCUCACCGCCGACGUGAUCCCUACAUCGGCGCCCGCGCCCGAGGCCGCCCUCCCGUCCCACUCAUCGAUGCAAGUCAAGGGCUUCGUCAUCACCAACAACAUUGGCAUGACCCUCCGCAUCCCCGCUUGUCUCCCAAAGCCAGCCAUCGCACCCAACCCCGCGAUGGCAAUGUCGGACGGCACUGUUGUGCCCACUCCUUUCGUUCAGGAGCGCCUCACACCUCUUCUCGAGCGCAUCUACAACUUUGGACAGUAUUUCCAGUCGUUCCCUCAUGUUCCCUCGCCUCCCUCGCCCGACCAGGCCCUUGAAGGUGGGCUGCGCAAGUCGUUCGCCUGGGGCGUCCCCUUCAUCGUCAACGGGCACGACUCCGAGGGCCGGCUCGCCGCCACCUUGCGUCCCUUCCAGCCUGACGUCUGCCUCGCGGUCCGCAAACGCGAUGGUGGCAAGGACGCGCCAUUCCACAUCACCGCCAUUUCAUACACUGUUUACGCGGCCUUCUUCUCCUACUUCCCCCGCCGCUUCAACAUCACCCCCUCCGACCUUGUUACACAGGUCAUCACCAGCGAGAACCGCUCGCCCUUGUCGACUGUCUGGGAAACCCCGCACCCUGAUGACAUGGAGGACAUGCACGAGGCAGACACCGACGACAACGACGAUGAUCAGUCGUCGUGCUCUGGCGCUUCGGCUCUCGCCACCUUUGAGAACGGAGAGUACGCUCACCUCCCCAUCCUCGCCAUGGACGUCCCAGACCCGUCGACAAUGUCACUUAUCCACGACCGCCUCCACCACCCCUUUAGCAAGUGGCAGCCGGCUCUGCUUGACCUUCCCCCCUUUCCGUGCAUGACGCCUGAGACGGCGGAAAGCCACCUCGCCGAGCGCAGCAUUCUCGAGCUUGCCAAGGUCCUCACCCGGAUCCAGGGCGUUUGGAAGAACCUUGCAGCACUCGGCCUUGAGAACGACGCGAUGUGGCGAGAGCUCGGCAGCGCGUACAGCAUCGUGAUGGCUGUCUUCGCCAAACGUGCGGGCCAGCAACCAUCAGCCACGCUCUAGACAGAGAAGAGGGGGCUUCCGGGUCAUAGGGUUGUAAUUGUUGUUGUAGUCACCAG